ACUAGGUGCGACGAUAGAGUGGGUUUAGUGACUGGUAUCGGCCGAUAGAAGGGCGCGAUUCGAUGGUAGAGCAGGUUGGUAGAUUGGAGCUCCGGAUCGACAGCGUUAGAUGCCCUAGACCUCCAGAGACAGUGACGCCAGGCAGAGUGGCUCUAGAUCUGCCAGCUAGAGGGGUUUCAGCGGAUGCGACAGAGAGCAGAUGGUCGUCGACAUUAUUGGGCCCGGACGUACACCUAUGGCCGUACGUCAUCGAGACAUUCGAGCUGGACAGUCAGAGGUGGCGACGGCCUGGCACGACUAGUAUAGAGGUGGUAGGGCACAUCUACUACUCGCCGGAGGUGCUAGCCACGGUCUAUUUUCACGGCCUUGUGCACGGUCAUUGGCGUGAGGAGCAGACCGCGAGGACGAUCUUACUGGCUCGAGGGAGCUCCGCGGGCGGCGAGGUAGAGCGGCUGCACGGGAGAGUUCGGAGUGUGACGACGACCUUCAGGAUCGGAGGACUUUUCCCAUAUCCCAGUAGUCGACUGUGUGUCACACUUCCGGACUUUGUGGCGGAGGAGCUUUGGGGACUUAGGCGUCUGGGUGAGAUCUACUUCGCGGCUCUCGACUUGGACGGCCUCUGCCGAGGAUACGCUGAUAGGGACUGGGUGUUGUAUGCUCAGUUUGUAGCGGGGCCGCUUGUCGGUGAGCGAGGACUCCAGCUGAUUGAGUUCUUGCGGGACAUUGUACCUACCGGGAGCCCUGACCUAUACUCCUUAUACCAGCCCCUAACUUUCAGGACGGCGCUAGAGAGGGAGGCUCAGAGGCCUGCAGAUCAUCUAGCAGGAGUAGGGCAGCUGUUAGCCGAGACUCGUGAGGAGAGGCCGAGCCAUCUCAUCUCGACCUGGGAGGUUGAGGAGUAUUAUCAUGAGGAGACGGUUGGUGGACUCAGAGAGAUAGCUUUAGGCAGGACGGGUGCUGCAGGACGCGCCGGUAGUGGCGUCGUAAGAUCGAGUGCGUCAAAAGGACUAAGAGUGACACGGAUUGAGCGGCGUAUGGUAAUGAGGAGUGAUUCGAGUGCAUGGUGGGCUUAUGUCCUAUUGCGAGACUCAGACUCCUAUAGAGUGGGGAGACUGGCCGACCCUAGGGAGACUGCGCUCGACUACGACAUACCUCUUCCCGUGCGAUUGGAGGAUAGCCAUAGGGUGCCACUCAGAUACACCGGGACGUGGAUAGCAGAAGGAGUGUUUCUCUGGACAAUAGUUUUAGAAGUAAAGGGACGAGGUUGUAGAAGGCAGGUGGAGUUGAUAGGACACCUUAUUUAUGAUCGAACGCGGGAGGUUGAAGUAGGACUGACGCUAGUCGGUAUUGAGAAGAGCCUGUGGAGACAUGAAGCGUUGUCGAGAGCUCUUCUGGCUAGGAGGGCGAGAUCGAUAGCAGGAGAAGGUCGACCACAAGUGCGUAUCGUGUUCGGGCCGCCGCCGCAGGAUCUUCAUCCGGUACAGGGUUGGAGGUGGACUCUCCCGCCGUUCGUGAUAGACCAAGUAUACGGGAAAGUUAGGAGCCUAACGCGAGCGGUCCGGCAUACACACCUUGCUCUUGGAUUAGGGUUGGCACCACGGUUCAAAGAAACUUAUUUUGCGAUCAGUCUAUGGUGGAGGCACUUUGAUGAUGAGGAGCUGAGAGAUCUAAUAGACGCAACGUUGGGUAGACUGUCUGAGGCCGGUCGACUUAGUCGAAUACUGUCGGAGACGUGUGGAAGAGAAGUACGCGGGACUAGAAGACCUGAGGUAUUUGUUCAGAGAGCAGGAGGUAUGCCGGGUCGGAGAUCGGCUGGAAUCGAGGUAUCUGAUGCCCUUAUGGCAAGAGGGAAGUUGUCAGAAGUUGAUAGAUGCACGAUCUUCCUUAGCCGACUACCCAGAGGGAAGCAAGAGGCGGUGCUGAGGGAGACGCCUCGCGAUAAGUUAGAAUUCACUGCUCUACUUAAGCUGGCAAUGAAGGCUAAGGCGGAUGAUUACAAGGAUUUACUCUCGAGGGGCAUGCAGCGCGAGGACUUUUCCCUCUAUAAGGAGUACGGGACUGAUAGAUGCCCAUAUUUUAACGAUCAGCCGUGGGCAGAGCGACGUUAUUUGCUGGACAGGGACAGACCCCAGCGGUCGAGGGAUAACGACCCAGUAAUAAAGGAGAUGAGAGAGAUGAUGAAGGGGAUGGCCAGGCAAAUGGCAAAUUUCGAAACAAAGGUCGCAACUACGUACCGGGAUAAACCCGGGUCUCCUUACUCUUUGAGGUGGGACCGUAGGAACACCGAUCCGUGGAGGAGCGUCGAGGAUCGAAAUCCUCGCACACUGGCAGAUUACCGUGCGAGGGAGAGAGAUGAAGAUGACCGGAGACGUAGAGAUGAGGAUAGCUGGCGACGUCGAGAUGAUGACAUAGAUAGAGAUCGCCGACGCGACGGGUAUCGAGGAGGAGACUCCUCUAGACCGGUACUGAAAGACGAAACGGAAGUCGCUCCUGGCGUCAGGAGGUUCGUAGAGCAACACCUGACGGAUAUUUACGCUGUCCUGGAACAGUUAGAUGAAGCUAACCUGACGGUUAGCGGGACGAAGAGCCGAUGGGCGGUGUCGACGAUCAAGAUUCUGGGAUUUAUAUGCGAUUUGAGAGGCUGCCGAGCUGACCCUGGAAAGUUAGAGAAACUCUUGAACUGGCCGACCCCAUUGCAUAGUGCUACUGAGGUUCGCCAAUUCUUAGGAAUGGUAGGCUAUUGGAGGAUUUUCAUACGCGGAUAUGCCGAAAAGGCAGAACCUUUGCGCACUCUUCUUAGGAAGACCGAUAAAUUUUUCUGGGACACUCCUCAAGAGCUUGCAGUACAAUCCCUCAAGGAAGAAUUUAAAGAAGGCGGCCGAAUCUUAGGCGUACCCUUCUUCAAAGACGAAACCGAUAGACCAUUCAUAGUAUCUACGGAUGCUGGACCGUGUUCGGUGGGAGGUUUACUUUCUCAAAGAGAUGCUGACGGCAAGGAAAGACCAUUGAGAUUCGAGAGUCGUACCCUCAAUACUGCGGAACGCAACUACAAUCAGUUUAAGGAGGUGUUAGCUGUUCUGCGGUGUUUAGACGCCUUUAGGCACUACAUAUACGGGAGACGAUUUGUUCUCCGGGUUGACCCCACAGCUGUAGCGUCAGUUCUACAGAAGGACUUUAGUUUGACGGACCCUACGAUUGCGCGAUGGCUGAUCAGUAUCCGACUUUACGAUUAUACCGUGGAAAGGAUCUCAGGAACAAAGAACGCCGUGGCUGACGGGCUCUCACGGAUUCCGAUUGAGGCUGAGCGACCGAUAGCAGUUGCUGCACUGACUAUGACUGAGCCUAGACGAUUGGAUAGCUUCCUAGUCAACCUCUAUGAAGGUGAAGUAAGAGACGACGGAGGACAAGGGGAGAGAGAUGAGGGAGAUGGAGAUGGAGAAGAAGGGGAGGAAGACAAAGAGAAUGAAAGUGAAGAGGAGGAAGGAGGAGAUGAAGAGGGGAAAAAGGAGAAGGAAGAAGGAGGGAGUGAGGAGGAAGAAGAGGCAGAAGAAGGAGGAGAGGAAGAAGAAGAAGAAGAAGAAGAGGAAGAAGAAGAAGAAGAAGAAGGAGAAGAAGAAGGAGAAGAAGAAGGAGAAGAGGAAGAAGAAAAAGAUGGAGGUGAAGAAACUCAGCAGAAUAGGAUAUUAGCUGACACAGUCAGAAGCCUCGAGCAAGAACUGAUGAAACAUAAGUUCCAUUUCCGCGAGUACAAGUUCUCAGACCUGGAGGUAGGCCGGUACCACUCAAGUAGUGGUAGGGGUGUCGGGUACUGGAGGCCGAGCAGAAGAAGACAAAAANUUCAAGCAUCGAUGACGACUGAGUUUCGCGACUUGCUCGAUCGCAGCGUCCUCAUCUACCUUGAUGAUAUCUUGGUUUAUAGUAGGACGUUGGACGAGCACAUCGUACACCUUCRCGUUGUUUUGARUCGUUUGCGACUAGCCAAGUACAAAGCGAAUCUCGACAAGUGCGAAUUCGCCAGGCAAGAGCUUGAGUACUUGGGCCAUUUUGUCACGCCGAAAGGCAUUCGUCCCUUAGCGGACAAGAUCCAAGCCAUCGUGGAUUGGCCAGAACCCCGUUGCACUACGGAUGUACGCUCUUUCAUGGGUUUGGCUGGAUAUUAUCAGCGAUUCGUCGAGUCAUACUCGAAAGUGGCCGCUCCUUUGUCGAGACUUCAGUCCCCGAAGGUGCCCUUCGAGUUCGACGACGCAGCCCGCRGCGCGUUCACUACGUUGAAGGCAGCRAUGCAAGCCGCACCUGCCCUCCGUAUAUAUGACCCCACCCUACCCACCCAAGUGACUACGGACGCUUCGGGAUACGGUAUUGGUGCGGUGUUGGAACAGUGUCACGAGGACGGUUGGCAUCUGRUUGAGUACUUCUCCCAGAAGGUGCCUCUCGUCAACACUCUUGAUGAYGCUAGGAAGAAAGARCUACUCGCGUUCGUYACCGUYCUCAAACGGUGGCGCCACUUUCUUCUCGGCCGUCGGCGUUUUAAAUGGAAUACGGAUAACAAUCCGUUGACAUUUUACAAAACGCAGGACACGGUCACUAGUACGAUCGGUCGAUGGAUGUAUUACAUCGACCAGUUCGAUUUUGACCCGUGUCACUUUCCCGGUCCCUCCAAUCGAGCUGCGGACGCCCUCUCACGACGGCCCGACUUUUGUGCCAUUGUGACCACGGCAUUCGACCUCGAUGACRAUCUGCAGCAGCAUUUCGUCAAAGGCUACAAGUCCGAUCCGACUUACUCUACGCUUUACACAGAGCUUUCAUCGGAUCACCCGCCGGCUAGCCAUUAUCGGAUUUUCGACGGGUUCCUUCUCCUUCACACGAGAGGAAAGGAUUUGUUAGUUGUGCCCCAAGAUCACAUCUUACGGACUCGUCUUCUCGGCGAAUUCCACGACGCACGACUUUCGGCACACCUUGCCGUGAACCGCACACUAGCACGCCUCCGCCAGCGUUUUCACUGGCCCGACGUCCUUCAUGACGUCACGAGGUACAUUGAGUCAUGUGCAGAUUGCCACCGUGACAAGGGUCGAUCUCGAGUCCCCUUCGGCGAACUGAAACCGUUGCCGAUUCCUCGGACACCAUGCCUCUCCAUUGCUAUGGACGUGACAGGCCCGUUUCCCCGCGAUCGCCACGGCCAUGACGCGCCUGAGCUCGAACGACUCUUGCACACCGGUUGGAUUACCAACCAAGGUGUUCCGGAAGACAUAGUGAGCGACCGAGACACUCGCUUCAUGUCAGCCUUUUGGACUUCUCUCAUGACGGAGUCCAGCACGACAAUGAAGCCAAGCUCGGCUCGGCACCCGCAGACGGAUGGUCAGACGGAGCGAGCGCACCAGACCGCUCAGAUGAUGUUGCGUACACUCAUCCGUCCCGACCAGAAAGAUUGGGUUGACCGGCUUCCCGACAUCGAGUUCGCCUACAACACUUCGGUGCACCCGGCGAUCUGCGUCACACCAUUCGAGCUACAUCAUGGUGGAGAGAAAGCACGGAUCUUCGCUGAUAUCCUUUUCAUGGCAGACAUCACAUCUGCCCAAUGGCAGGCCAUGCUGGACGCAGCAAACGAGAACGAGAAACCGUUCUUCCAAAAGCUUUAUGAUGAUGCCGUGCAGAGGGAAAGGGAGGCAGAGGCAGCAGCCAGAGCCACAAGCAUAGCUGCUCUGGUGGCCCUCCUUCAGGUCCCGGAAGACGAUGCUGACCGGUUCCAGGAGAGGCUAGCUGCUGCCGUAGCAGCCUUGGUUCGACUGCGGAACUUAGAAGACCUUGAGUCCCGUGUAACAGCACUGGAGCAGUGGAACCAAGAGCUGCAGGCUGAGAUAAUCAGCCUCAAACAGUCUCAACUGUCUCCCCCCCGCCCUCCUAACCCUCGACCUGGUGCAGUCCCAGUCUCUCAAUCUAACACAGUCCUCAUGGCAAGAGCAAGUGGAACUGUGGCAAGCGCAGGAACCAGUGCCAGCUCCUCAAGCGGCAGCGCCGACAGUUCUGCACUAGUCAUAGUUCCAAAUGCAGGGACAUCAGCCCAAAACGCCACAGUCCUUACUGGCGUACAGUACAACGGUCCCGUAGUGGACAAGCGGGCGGCCACCUUGCCAUCCAAGUACGACGGGAAAGCGGAUAUCACCUCUUGGAUUAGUUCCAUGCGCUCAUACUUCGAGGUCAUGCGGACACCGCAAGAAGACCGAAGCAUGAUCAUGGGCACUAAUACUGAGCCCGCCGUACGGAACCACAUUGAACUCCAAGCUGUUGCUGCAGGUUAUGAAAGAAUUGACGUGACUGAGUGGCUGAAAGUAACCCCUGUACGCACCCUUGAGGACCUUCUCAUCACACGAUACCAAGAUAAGCACGCUGCGCUCAUGGCUAGGCUGAAGCUUGAGGCCCUCAAGGGCCAAACUUGGAGGUCCUCCAUGCAGGCUUUGGAACAUCACUUGACUGGUCUGUUCACCACUCCAGACCUGGGAAUGACCGACGUGUCUUGUAUGGAUGUAGUCAUGGGAGUGGCCCCUAAAGAAUACCUCUCCCUGCUAAGACUCAAAGACCAUACUACUUGGCGAGAGCUCAUGACGGAUCUAGUCAACCUAGAGGCCAAGGACCUUGCCAGGCGUAAGAAGGCGCCCGCUGCAGGUGGAAAACCACAACACAAGCGGUAUGGAAGCAGCAACCAGCUUGCCCUGCAUGAACAUCGGGAGGUUGAAGAUCAGUCCUACUGGAUGAUCUUUGUAAUUGCUGUAAAUUCUCGUUUUGAUUUUCUUUCUCGUGAUGAGGAUGAUCCUCCACCAGAAGUCCCAACAAACAUUCGUCGUCUAUUAGAUCGAUUCCCUGAAGUUCUGGCCGAACCUCGUGGAGUUCCCGAGCGUCCGGUCAAACACAAGAUCGAGAUAAUAGAAGGGAGUGUUCCUCCAAAGGGCUGCGUCUACCGUAUGGAACAAGGCGAGUUGGAGGAGUUGAGGAUGCAGAUUGAUGACAUGAUCGACCGUGGAUGGAUUAGGCCUAGUGAGUGCGAGUUCGGUGCACCUGUCCUGUUUGUGCCAAAGAAAGGAGGCAAACUCCGGAUAUGCAUUGGCUAUCGUGGCCUAAACCGUAUCACCCGAAAGAACCCGUAUCCCUUGCCUCGUAUAAAUGAUUUGCUAGAUGUUGCAGGUGGGUGCAAGGUCUUCUCCAAGAUCGACCUCAAGUCUGGCUACCACCAGAUUGAAGUUGAUCCGAGUGACCAGCACAAAACUGCAUUCAAAACACGCGAUGGGCUGUACGAAUUUAUCGUUAUGCCCUUCGGUAUUACGAAUGCGCCAGCCACAUUUCAGUGCCUCAUGGACAAGGUACUACGCCAUCAGCUCAACAGGUUUGUGGUUGUGUACCUUUACGAUAUCCUGAUUUUCAGCAAGUCCAUGAAAGAGCACGCCAAGCACCUUGAGGAGGUCUUGCAAGUCCUCAAGGAGGCACAACUGCACCUCAACUUAGAGAAAUCUGAGUUUGGAAGGGACAGCGUCAUCUAUCUUGGGCAUCAGUUGUCUGCAAACGGCCUUGAGCCGGAGGCAACCAAGGUUGAGGUCAAACGAAAUUGGCCUCAACCAGCGAACGUACGCGAACUGCGUUCUUUUCUUGGUUUGGCCUCAUAUUACCGGAAGUUUGUGCCUAAAUUUUCUGUCAUUGCUCACCCACUCUCGAGACUAACAAGUAAGAAUGUUGCUUAUGCGUGGUGUGAGAAAUGUGAGACUGCGUUCUAAGCCUUGAAAGAGGCAUUGUUUUUGACUUGCCUUGUGGGUUCGUAUGACCUCCGAAGGAAACUGAAGGAGGAUCUGGUCGAACACACCGCCAAGGAUCCAGACCUUAGUCCCAUCCUUGAGCAGCUCAAGGCUGACCCUAACAGUCAGCCUGAUUUUCACGAGUGCGAGGGUCUUGUAUUCCGCCGGUAUGGGAAAUUUUAUCGUCUGUGUGUACCCAACCAUGCGCCUCUCCGAACUCAUUUCUUGGAUUUGGCACAUGGUCGGAGUGGACAUUUCGACUUUGAGAAGACUUAUGGAAGUCUUCUGCAACAGUUUGAUUGGCCAGGGAUGAAAGGAUGUGCUCAGAAAUUUAUUACUGAAUGUCAAGUAUGUCAAAGAAUCAAGGUCCACAGGCAUA